AUGUUGCAAAAAGGGGGACAGGGUGUUGCUCAAGAGGGACAGGAUGCUGCAGAAGGAGAAAAGGGUGAUGUACAAGAGGGACAGGAUGUUGCACAAAGGGGACAGUGUGUUGCAAAAGAGGGACAAGGUGCUGCAAAAGUGGGACAGGGUGAUACACAUGAGGGAAAGGGUGCUGGAAAAGAGGGGCAGUGUACUGCAAAAGAGGGACAGGGUGCUGCAGAAGAGGGACAGGGUGUCGCAAAAGAGGGACAGGAUGUUGCACAAGAGGGAAAGGGUGCUGCAGAAGAGGGACAGUCUGUUGCAAAAGAGGGACAGGAUGCUGCACAAGAGGGAAAGGGUGCUGCAGAAGAGGGACAGUCUGUUGCAAAAGAGGGACAUGGUGCUGCAGAAGAGGGACAGGAUGCUGCACAAGAGGGACAGGGUGUUGCAAAAAAGGGACAGGGUGCUGCACAAGAUGGACAGAGUGCUCCAAAGGAUGGACAGGAUGCUACACGAGAGGUAAAGGGUGUUGCCAGAGGAAACAGGAAACAGGAAAGAAUCGGAACAUCAUGA